GUCUCCCCGCCACCUCGUCUUCCCAAAACACAAAGCUCCAAGAAGCGGGGCUGGCGGCUGCAGUUUCCCGCCCGCUCGCACAAGGGCGCGAAAUUUGCCCAGCUACUUCGCGCGCUCCGUCCCCGCAUCCCAGCAAUUAUACUAUCCACAGUAAGCCGAGGUUCCUAGUCUCCCUCCCCUCCGCUUCCUUCUCUCCUCCACUCCUCACGGACGCCAGAGCUCCUUCCCCAUUCCGGCGUUGCCAAGAAGCCGGCUUGCGGGUGCCGUCUCCCCCUCCGCUCGCCAGCCGCGUUUAUCCGUCAUACAAGGAAAUAUUUUCCAAUCUGUACCGUUGCUUUCAAAAGCCACAAUGCCUGCUUCUGCUUGCACAAAUCUUAAUUUUGGUUGUCUUAGAAGAUCUACAAGGUUCAAGAAUAUUCACACAAUUUAUGAUGAAGAUUCUGACAGGGAUCCUGCUACCUUUAAGAGGAUCAAAACUGAAGUCAUUGAUUCUGAACUAAGUGUUGGUUCUGUCAGUGACAAGGAUAGUGAACAAGAUUGUCAUGAUGUAUCUCUCAAGGAUCUCAGAACUCAGUGUAAAGCUAAGAAUCGGAAGACUUCAAAAAUCACACUGGAAGGAUGUGGCAUUAAGAAUCAGGCUAAAACAGAAGAUGACAUUGAUCUUGAUAAGCCUCUUAUUGCAUUGAAACAGAAGAGACCAAAAACAUCUCCUGCUAAAGCAAAUAUAAAGAUGGAUGCACUAAGAUCUUCUCCAUUUGCUGCGAAAGAGGAAGAUACAACAUCACAGAGUGAUGAGAUUCUUAGUUCUGCACAGAGCUCCCUGCUCAAAGCAACAAUGCAAGACCCAGUAUUAGAGAAGCUUGGAAGGAGAGUUGCAGAACUGGAGCAGUCUAAAGUUGUUAUUGAUUGUACUGAAGAAAUAGUUGGGGAGCAAAUGUGUUGUGCUGAAGUGAACAAUACAGCUGGAGCUCUAGCGUGCUGUGCAAAACCUGAUGUACUUUGUGAAAUAAAAACUGAAGAUACAAAUUACUCUGAAUUUGGAACUUCUAUUUGUUCCAUAAAGAAUCCUGAGCAUUCAUCCUUUGAGCUGAUGGAGGGUGAUGACUCUGUGCCUCAAUCUUGUUUCAUGACCCAACCAGCUCAAUUAGCUGAUGUUUCUGAUCAUUCCUGCGAAGAAACCUGCAAUUUCAAAGAAAACAAUUUUGAUGACAUUACAGCUGCAAAGGCAACUGAGGUUGUUUCUUCAUUGGAUCUCAUUGAUGAAGUGAGCAAUCAUCAGAAAACAUCUGAAAAUAUAACUAAUCCAGAUAUGGAUAAGUCUUCUACUGCAAAUGGACUUAAGGCUUGUUCUUUCAGUCAGUCCUGCCAUGAUCUUAUAGAUAAUGAUGAGGACUGGAAUUUAUUUGUUCAUGGGAAUGAACCUGUAAAGAUUUUGGAAGAGUUGUCUCCUAUCGAUGACUCUAGCACAAAUACUCAAUCUGAUUUAUGUGGAAGCACAGAAAUGAACUGCACUUCACUUGAGGGGGUUGCGCGGAUGCAGGCUGAGGGCCAAUUGGAUUCAAUAGUCUGCUGUGGUGUAAGACCAAAGCAUAUGUUACUAGAUAUGGAAAUUGGAGAUGCCACUGGUACAUUCACCUUUGACAAGACUAUUGACUUGGCUCAUCCUGCCAAUUUUGUUGCACAGGAUGGAAGGCUAGAAAGUAUAGUAUAUGAUGUUUUGAAUAAUAAUGCACAAAGGAUGGCCUCUAAAAAUAAAUCUUCUGUUGGACUCCCAGAUACAACUGUGAUUCAGAGCUCACUUAUCGACUUCACUGACAACUGUCCUGAAGACAAAAAGGCUUCAGAUGAUAAAAUUUCACCUCCCAAUAAUGUGGACUGGCCUUAUAAGUUAAAUUCUACAGUAGACUAUGACAUUUGUAGAUCUAUUAAUAAUGAUGAGGGAUCAGAAGAAUUAGUGCCUCAAGAUCAGUUAUACCAGUCGUGUAGUGAUAAGUUCAACCUUAGCAGUGUCAUGCCAGAGAUCUCUAAUGCUGAAGAAUCAAAAAAGUUAUCUGCUGGAGAUCAAAAUUCUUCUGCUAUCUCUCUGGAAACUGAUGUGCAAAUCCAAAAGCCAGAAUUUUUUGUGGAUGAAGAAUCAAUUGAAGAACAUGCUCCAAAAGUAUUACUGUCCAAGAGAAAGAUUAUGUCACCGAUGUCUCAGGAGAAGCUUUGUAGUGCUCUGACUGGUAUUGAUUUGUGUGAUGGAGUCCAAAGAUCGAAGAGCAAAAUCAUUAUUGAAGAUCGUGGCAAAACUCCAAUAUCAUUGCCUCAGCCAGCACACAUGCAAGACAGAUCAAUGUUCCGCACAGACAGGAGACUUAAGGGCAGGACUUCUGUCUCUCCUACAAGCAAAGGAGUUCUGAAGUCAACAGGAUCCCCACCCCAUCAACAGAUAACUUGUUCUUGCAUGAGAAGUUCACCAGUGGUCUUAGACACUGAGAAAGCUGUUGAGUUUUCACAAAGGCAGAUGCAUGAUAUGGAAAAUAUAGCUGCAAAGCUUAUCAGGAGCUUGAAGCACAUGAAAAGUAUAGUGGACGAAAGUUUGUCAACAGAAGCAUAUUCUUUACUUCCUAACUUUAACAUUGCCGAGAUCAGAGCAGCCUCUGAGGAUGCAUUAGAAGUGGAGAGGACUACGAGGAAAUGGCUGUCGAUAAUGAACAAAGACUGCAGUCGCUUUUGUAAAAUAUUGAGCCUAGCAAAGAAGAAUGAUGUUUCACAUCCUGAAGCACCAAGGAAACAAAGAAAAAUAACGUUUGCAGAUGAAGCUGGAGGAAUGCUCUGCCAUGUUAAGGUUUUUAAGGAUGGACAAGCCUCUCUUCUUUCCGAAUGCCAGAGUGAUUUAUAGACAUACUAAGCAGGUUGUCAUGAAAUUUGAUCAGAAAAACAACCUUUUGACAAUAGAAUAGAAUCAAACAAGCCGCUCAGUUGAACCAAAAUAAUGAGAAUGCUUCCAUUCACUGUAGAAAACAGAUAAUGCUGUGUUGAACUCACAGUAUGUAUUUUACUGUAAAUUGAUUGAUGACAUUGUUGUGGCAACUCAGGUAUUAUCCUUGUAUGUUGAGCUCAAGAGUCCAUGUAAAGCGACAAAUUUUACAAUGUUUGCUGAGGCCACAAGUAAUUUGUAAUUCAGAAUUUUUGAGCGCAAAUUUGUAACCUAGAAUUAGCCUAUGUAAUAAAAUUAUUGGUAUCCUGUUGCCCUAAAGUGCUUUAUCUAGGGAACUAUAGGUAGCACUUAAAUUCAUGGGCAGCCGCUGUUAAUUCUAUGUAUGUGUACCUAUCUUUUUUCAAAACA